GCACCGAACGGGAAUGGGAUUUUUCAGUUGCCGCAUGUAUUGGAAUUUACCAGUCAUGUUCCACGUUCUUUUGUAGUUAAAUAUACACAUGCAAAUGAAGGAAGAAGAUAAUAUACCGGGAACGGUCAAUGGCACCGUUAUGGAGCGAAAAAAAGGUGGUGUCGAAGAUAGCAGGGGUUGUUGUACGAACACACUGGUCUACGAAGCGGGAUCUAAUCAAGCUGCAGGUCGUGGCGACCGCAAUGGUACAGGAAACCGUGUCGGAACGGGGAUACGCGUUCUGAAGCGGAACAUGAAGAGGAAUGGGAGCAGAGGCUGUGUUACCAGGAAGACCCGCUUUGGAUCGCGGGAGCGGGACUGGCUGAAGGGGGAUGCCCAGCGGGGCUGUGUGUGUCUGUACGGGGGAACAGUUGACCCCCAGCCCCCAGCCUCGGGCCCACAGGCCUCCUCCACCCUCCAGGCAGACCUGCGGCUGGUGCUAUGCUCCACCACUACCACGGUGGAGGAGCUGUGUGCCCAGAGAGAAGUAGAGGGACUAUACCUGCAGCUCCAUGGAGACCUGCUCAGGAGGCUGGACCCCUCUGAGUGCCCUCUCCAGAUGGUGUAUGACUACCUGGCUGCUAUAGGCUACCAGGACCCUCUGCGGGUUCAGAGAGAGGCGGCCAACUCGGACCUCAGCUGCAUGAUCCGCUUCUACAGUGAGUGUCCAGUGAACGCGGACCAGCAGGAGCGAACCCUGUUGACGGGCGUGUUCAGCGUCAGGAAGGGAAAGACCCAGCUGCACAAGUGGGCAGAGCGCCAGGUCCUCCUGUGUGGAACCUGUCUGAUUGUGGCCUCCGUCAAAGAUAGCCUGACGGGGAAGAUGCACAUCCUGCCCCUGGUGGGGGGAAAGGUGGAGGAGGUGAAGAGGAGACAGCACUGUCUGAUGUUCAGCUCAGCCGGACCUCAGGCCCAGACAUACUUUGUUAACUUCGACACACUGGCAGACUAUCAGAGGUGGCAUCGGCAGGCUUCAAAAGUGGUUUCUCAGACCAUCAGCCUGGUGGAUCUGUCAUGCUACAGUCUGGAGGAGGUGCCAGAGUACCUGUUCUACAGCCAGGACCUCACCCAUCUCAACCUCCGACACAACUUCAUGUCCCUGCAGGGCCCCGGAGGACUGCUCAACCUCCCCAGGUUUUCCCAGCUGAAGAGCCUGAACCUUUCGCAUAACCGCCUGGGAGUGUUUCCAGAGUCUGUCUGUGAGAUCCUCACCCUGACAGAGCUCAACCUCUCCUGUAACGGCAUGAACACUGUCCCCGCACAGAUAGGCAACCUCCAGAGUCUGCAGACCCUGUCUCUGGAUGGAAAUCAGUUGAACUUCCUUCCUGAAGAGCUUGGCGGCCUAGCUCAGCUCAGCAGCCUGGGGCUUUCCUUCAACAACUUCCCCCACAUCCCUGGUGUGCUGGAUAGGCUAAGUGGCAUGGACAAGUUAGCCAUGGCUGGGAACAGGGUGGAGACCCUGGAGCUGGGGAUCCUUGCCAGAAUGAGCCACCUCAAGAACAUCGACCUGCGGCUGAACGGUCUGCGCUGGGUGAAGAGUGAGGCCCUGGAGGCAGUGAAGCAGGUGACCCAGCUGGACCUGAGGGACAACCACUUGGCCACCCUGGACCUGAGCUCCAUCUGCAGCCUGGAAACCUUGCACUGUCAGAGAAACCAGCUGAGGGCGCUAACGCUGAGUGGCUUCACCCUGCGCACGCUCCACGCCAGCAGCAACCGCCUGACCACAGUCAACAUCUACCCAGUACCCAACCAGCUGACACAGAUGGACCUAUCAAGGAACCUGCUGGAGUACCUUCCAGACUGGGUGUGUGACAGUAGAAAGGUGGAGGUGCUGGAUGUUACACACAACUUCCUGUCUGAACUACCAGCCAGACUGCUCAGCAGCCUGAGUCUGAGGAAGCUGCUGGCUGGGAACAAUAGGCUCCAGAGACUGCCUGACCUACUUGACCACGUCCCCCUGGAAGUACUCGACCUCCAGCACAACAAGCUAGGCGAGCUCCCGGAGAGCCUCUUCUACAAGGCCUUAAACCUAAAGUACCUGAACGUGUCAGCUAAUGCCCUGGAGACAAUUCCCCCCAGCAGCCAAUCAGAGGAGAGUCUCAGCACCCUCCAGGAACUGUACCUGACGGGGAACAAACUGAAUGAGAACUGCGCUGCUCUGCUUGUGGGACACCAGAACCUCAGAGUCCUGCACAUGGCCUACAACCAGUUGCUCUCUUUCCCUGCCAGUAAACUGAGUAAACUAGAGCUGCUGGAGGAGCUGAAUCUGAGUGGCAACAAGCUGAAGACCAUCCCCUCCACUGUAUCCAGCUGUAAGAGGCUACACACCCUCAUAGCACACUCCAACCACAUCAGUGUGUUCCCCGAGAUCCUCAACCUGCCAGAGAUCAAGCUGGUGGACUUGAGCUGUAAUGAGCUGACUGAGAUCUUACUGCCAGACUCUCUAACGGCCACCCUGCACGAACUAGACCUGACUGGCAACUGCAGCCUCUUGCUGGAGCACAAAACACUCAACCUGUUCAGUCACAUCACCACCCUGAAGCUGGACCAGAAGCCAGCCAUGGCCACCGGGGACUCCCUGGGCUCCUCCACCCUGUGGAACCACGGCUACUCUGAGAUGAGCGGGCAGAGGAACAAAUUGUGUGUGUCUGUGCUGGCAGUGGACCGCUUUGGGGAUAGUGUUGAGGCGGCCUAUGGCGUCUUCGACGGAGACCGCAAUGAGGAAGUUCCUCGUCUGUUGCAGUGCACCAUGGGAGAUGUGCUGUCGGAGGAGCUGCUGCAUUCCAGUGUGGACAGUGUGUACAUGAGCAACACCUUCCUCACCUCACACAGGAAACUGGGCAUGGCUGGUCAGAAGCUGGGUGCAUCUGCCCUGCUCUGCUACAUCCACCACGAGCCGUCGGAGCUGGGCAGCUACUUCAGCCUGACGGUGGCCAACGUGGGCAGCUGCCAGGCGGUGCUGUGUCGAGACGGCCAGCCCCUGCCCCUCUCCAAGGUCUUCAGCCUGGAGCAGAGCACCGAAGAGAUGGACAGGGUCAAACUCAGCAAGGCGAUCAUCACUGAGGAUAACAAAGUGAGUGGAGUGACAUGCUGCUCUCGCCUGCUGGGAUGCUCUUAUCUGUCUCCCUGGGUGCUGCCCAAGCCCUGGGUGCGCACUGAGCCCCUGUGUUCCCAAGAUGAGUUCUUGAUCCUGGGGAACCGGGCGCUGUUUGAGAGGGUGUCCUACCAGGAGGCUGUGUGCACCGUGCAGGCCGUGAGGGACCCCCGCGCAGCUGCCAAGAAGCUCUGCACGCUGGCCCAGAGCUACGGCUGCCGGGACAAUGUGGGGGCGGUGGUGGUGUCCCUGCACAUCGGGGAGGACAGCUGUACCUGUGAGCCCCCUCACGCCAGUACUGGUACUGAACCCCGGGGACCCCCUCCAACACCCCUCCCCGUCACUGCUCCCCCAGGGGACCCGGCCACGCCCUCCUCCAGCAGUGGCAUCGCUUCAGAGUUCAACAGCGAGACUUCGGCCUCGGAGGUGGGGAGUGAGGCGGGCUCCACGGCCUCUGACGAGCACCCCUCUGGCCCCACGGUCCGACCUGAGAGGCGCUGUAGUCUCCACCCUGCAGCCACGCUCUGUGCCCCCGCGGGACCCGGCUCAGCUGGAGUAGGGGGGCCCCACCCUGUCCUGUUCCAGCGCCAGCCCUCCUGUGCCACCUUCUCCAGUAACCAGUCUGACAACGGGCUGGACAGUGAUGACGAGGCUCCACUAGAGGGGGUCAUCUCCAACGGGAGCAAGCUGGAGGUGGAGGUGGACAUCCACUGCUGUGCUUUCCAGAUCCGUUCUGGGCCAGCCGCGAGCCCAAAGGACUACAAUCUGGACAAGACACGCUCAGACUACCCCAACGGAAAGAUGCGUCGUCAGAACAGCGUGGUGGUGUCAGCCACUAAUGGCUGCCUGCUGGCUGUGUGUGGCAGAGAGAUCUCCGACCUAAAGAAGUCCCCCUCCACCUCCAGCCUCUUUGGGAAGAAGCUUUCCAACGGCUCCGUGGUGGCCCCGGAAGAUAGCCACAACCUCAUCGAGGUAGCCCUGGAAGCCCCAAAGAAGAAGUCGGGUUACUUCACUGCCCCUGCCCAGCAGGACCCCGAGGACCAGCUGGUAGUGCCUCCCAGUCUAGAGCAGGAUGUUAGGGAACAGCUGAGGGGCCAGAGCCCUAUGGUCCCAGGACCUCCACCCCCUUUCACACCCCCCUCCAUCAGAGACCCUGUGUGGGACCACCCCCACCCCCCUGCUCCCAUGCUGCCCCAGCGGGACCUCGCCCCUAACCCUAUCCCUGCCCUACAGCAGGAAGUCUAUGAUACUGCCCUCUAGAGGGGGCCAGAGCACAGCGCCACCCUGUGGUAGUCCUGUGACAGUGCCAUAUCAGGGGGGCAGAGGAGGUCUCUCUGGCACAGGUGGGAUAUUCCAGUUCAAGUUUCCAUUCAGCUCUGUCAUGAAGACAUGUGGGGCCUUGACUGUUCACACAUGAAUGCGUUACGUCACGUUAGACGUAGAGAGGUGCUUAGCUAACUGUCUGAUGAACCUGGUGGAACUGUCUGAGUAUCAGAGCUGAAUAGGCACUGAAGUCACCAACCAUGAAAAUAGGUUGUGAAAAGAAGGGGGCCACCGGAGGCCAAAAUACCCCAGCCUGAACUAGAAUACCUCAUGUGUUUUAGACUGCAGAACUUGUUUGCAACAUUUCCCUUUACUUGGAAGGAAGGUCAAAUAGUGAAAUGGUAGAAUAAUCCAUUUGAGUGUGUUAUCAUUCCAUUGCUGGGGGCUGCAGGGGCUCCUAGAUCCCAGGGACAAGUCCUGUGACCAAAAGGUGAAAAAGUGCCUACUGUAGAUGACUCAGCCCCAGAUGUCCCUGCCUCCCUGCCUGUGUGUGUAUGGAGGGGGGAGGGGACACACAUCAGUAUUAACCCUGGAAUAGGACAUCACUGUGUGACAGCGUCCUCCAGGGGCCACCAAUGGUACAGCCACUUCUCGCGCUCGCUCUCUCUCUCUUUCUGUCUGUCUGUAUAUAUAUCCUACUUUAUCUCCCUCUCUAACCUGUUGACUGCACAAUGGCUGGCAGGACUGGAAACUGGGCUGACUGGCCUUACUCUGUGGCACAAGGAUUCAGACUGUGUAUGCUAGAGGCAGGUAGGAACAUAACAGCAGGCGAUUAAAAAAAACGAAUCUCAUUUUUAUUUACAAAAAAAACUAAGAAGUGACCCUUUCUAUCAACACCAUAAUCCUCUAUAUGGGAAAUACAGUUAGUAUCUAUAUACACAUUUAGUCUGAGCAGUGUAGUGCAGAACCACAUAGUGGUGUAAUCACAAGGCCAGCUUGGCCUAGUCCCAGCAUCAGGAUGCGUAUCCAUUUGGAAACCAUUGAAGCCUUGCUGGGAGGAAUAAUACAGAAAAUAACAUUCAAAAGUAGCAUCAAGCUCUCAUAAAAAGGCAAACGCAAAAUAACAUAACAGUGCAUUGCUCACCUGUACAGAACCAAUAUGGCAUACUGCUUCAAAACCAUUAUUGCAACACUGUAUCCGUGACAGUGCAUGGUCAGCAAAUUUUAACAGAAAAAGUCAUUAUAUUAAUUAUGUUUUAUGGGCAACAUGAGUGGUGACAAUGAAGACGAAACAAUUGUUCACGGUGUUCAUAUCUCAAAGACGCUACCAUGCACACCAGAUCCUGUACAGUAAUCAUGACAAGUGAUGGGUGAAAAAACAUGUUCUUCACAUUAUUCGGGUGCCAUCAUUUAAGGAGUCCAGAUACUGUGAGAUGUGUAGCCCCUUUUUCUUUAGUUUUUCUAGUUUCACGCUUGUUGUACCCAGGAAAUUGUGCAAAAUCUCUCCAGUGACCAACAUAUCGAAAGUGUUUUUUAAGGUUUGAGAAUCAUUCUGUUCCCAUCAUUCCAUUAGCUUCACAGUCAACUGAACAAAAUAUCCAUGUUUAGUGUACUAAAAUGAGGAUGUAACAUGGUAUAUUAUUUUACAUGUAUAUGAAAAGUAUGCAUGUUGUGAAAGUCUAUUUUAAUCAUGCAGUUUGCAUAAUUCCUUUGGAGCCUAUAGAUAUAGCUGGUUGAUGCUGUUCAUUUUAAGUCAGUGACCGGUGAGAGAAAGACAAUUAGAUAUUUCAUUCUCAUAGAUCUACUGACAGAUUCAAUAGGGGUUUGUGGGACAUCUGGUGGUGAUAACUAUGAAUUGCCUCAAAUGUUAGUUCUAUACCAGUGAAUAUCACCAGUGUACUCUACCACCCCUACCACCUACUGUAUAACAGAUUCAGAACAAGCACAGUGUGUUUUUGUUGGCAGGACAGAAAAGCUCAUUGUUGUCUUGGCGACAAUACGGGCUGGUUUGAGUAAGAGGGGUGGUGUGAAGCUCACGUGAUUGGCAACACCAAACCAUUUCAACAGGUGGGUGGAUGACUGGAUGGGUUAUUGUGAAGGAACAACGUUUCAAGAGGUAUGUAAGGACACCUGACCUAAUGCUGAGGAGGAUGUUCUCUUACUCUUCUUUCACAGUGUGGAGACAAGCCUUUGUCUGUUCCAUAUGUUUCUAAGCUGUCAGAGGACCCUUGGUUAAUACCAUCCAACCAAUGAGGAAAACGGGUUUAUCAGAUUACGUUUAUGUGGAAUUUUAGCAAAAAUGAGCAAAGCACUUUUGUGUCCCGAGAAGAGUGAAAAAACUAAAGUAUUGAGUGUAAGCCAUUCGUUUUGCAUCAGAAUUUGAGUUCAGACUUUAUUUGGGGCAUUUGCUAAUGGUUUUAGUGUUGCUAAGGUAUGGAGUGGCCCUGACUUUUGUCUAGCACAGACAUUGUGAAAUAUGCCCGUCAUGGACAUUGCUUUGAAUAAAGGCAUCUGCAUAAUAUGGGUCAGUUGACUGUGAAUAUGACAUUUCUAUAAAGUUGCACUUUAAGUUGCAAUGUUAGAGGAUAGUAUACCACUAAUUGACUCAUCAUUGAUAUAACAAAGCUGCAGACCAAAAUCUACCACCCUUCCCCUUUGUGCCAAACUGCCUAACCCAUUUUAGAGAGGACAACUUUCUGACUUAGUAAGAGAGGGCUUGUGGUCUGACAAGAGAAUGACUGGGAUGUGUUCCUAGAUGCCACUGUGAGAAGGCUAGUGGCAUGGUUGUAAUACUUACCAUAGCUGCUUAGCUAGCUACAACCCAAUCUAUGCUUGUUCAUAGCCUUAAUUGCAGCGCUGCCAGUCCUAAUGAUGAUGGUGACUGUCUUUUUCUGUUGGUUUUAUUUCCUUUAGCGGAGCUGGUUUUGCCCUUUGACCUUACGUGGCAAGGUCAGGAGCAUAUAACACGGCAAUAUUUUGCAUUAUUUUCUCCAAAUUGCAGAGGGAGCAAUGUAACGUUUCAAGCCAGUAGAACAAGGAUUGGGACCAGAGGGGUGGAUUCUAAAGGUUUCGCAGAAUUGGCAGUAUUUUAGAUGCUCAAAAACCUCACAGCGGCUGCGAAAUGGCUAUUUACUUCAUCCUUAACGUUCAAGACUGGAUUGAUUGGUGAAUUUGCCUUUCUAAAGCCUGCUUGCUUAUAAUAUGAGAUGUAUUACAUACAAUUGAAGUUGGAAGUUUACAUACACCUUAGCCAACUACAUUUCAACUCAGUUUUUCACAAUUCCUAACAUUUAAUCGUAGUAAAAAUUCCCUGUCUUAGUUAGGUCAGUUUGGAUCACCACUUUAUUUUCUGAAUGUGAAAUGUCAGAAUAGUAGAGAAUGAUUUCUUUCAACUUUUAUUUCUUUCAUCACAUUCCCAGUGGUUCAGAAGUUUGCAUACACUCAAUUAGUAUUUGGUAACAUUGCCUUUCAAUUGUUUAACUUGGGUCAAACGUUUCAGGUAGCCUUCCACAACCUUCCCUCAAUAAGUUGGGUGAAUUUUGGCCCAUUCCUCCUGACAGAGCUGGUGUAACUGAGUCAGGUUUGUAGGCCUCCAUGUUCCCACACGCUUUUUCAGUUCUGCCCACAAAUGUUCUAUGGGAUUGAGGUCAGGGCUUUGUGAUGGCCUAUUUUGUGAAGUGCACCAGUCCCUCCUGCAGCAAAGCACCCCCACAACAUGAUGCUGUCACCCCCAUGCUUCACGUUUGGGAUGGUGUUCUCCGGCUUGCAAGCCUCCCCCUUUUUCCUCCAAACAUAACGAUGGUCAUUAUGGCCAAACAGUUCUAUUUUUGUUUCAUCAGACCAGAGGACAUUUCUCCAAAAAGUCCGAUCUUUGUCCCCAUGUGCAGUUACAAACCGUAGUCUGGCUUUUUUAUGGCGGUUUUGGAGCAGUGGCUUCUUCCUUGCUGAGCGGCCUUUCAUGUUAUGUCGAUAUAGGACUCGUUUAACUGUGGAUAUAGAUACUUUUGUACACAUUUCCUCCAGCAUCUUCACAAGGUCCUUUGCUGUUGUUCUGGGAUUGAUUCGCACCAAAGUAUGUUCAUCUCUAGGAGACGGAACACGUCUCCUCCCUGAGUGGUAUGACGGCUGCGUGGUCCCAUGGUGUUUAUACUUGCGUACUAUUGUUCGUACAGAUGUACAUGGUACCUUCAGGCAUUUGGAAAUUGCUCCCAAGGAUGAACCAGACUUGUGGAGGUCUACAGUUUUUUCUGAGGUCUUGGCUGAUUUCUUUUGAUUUUCCCAUGAUGUCAAGCAAAGAGGCAAUGAGUUUGAAAGUAGGCCUUGAAAUACAUCCACGGGUACACCUCCAAUUGACUCAAAUUAUGUCAAUUAGCCUAUCAGGAGCUUCUGAAGCCAUGACAUAAUUUUCUGGAAUUUUCCUAGCUGUUUAAAGACACAAUCAACUUAGUAUAUGUAAACUUCUGACCAACUGGAACUGUGAUACAGUGAUUAUUAAUCUGUCUGUAAACAAUUGUUGGGAAAAUGACUUGUGUCAUGCACAAAGCAGAUGUCCUAACCAACUUUCCAAAACUAUAGUUUGUUAACAAGAAAUUUGUGGAGUGGUUGAAAAACUAGUUUUAAUGACUUCAACCUAAGUGUAUGUAAACUUCUGACUUCAACUGUAAGUUUUAUUCACUUAUUUUGUUCCAACUUCAGACAAAAUCUGCUCUUCAAAGGAUCAAACACUGUUUAAAGCACUUUGUACAUAGGGAGAUAAAUAUAUUCAAAGAUUGAUAUUUGAGUAUUAUGUGAGAUAAUAAUAAAAAAUGCACAUGAACUCAUAGGGCUUGAGUUGUUGUUGUUGUGGCUUCUGUCAGCCAAACAUAUCAUGUCUUCUCUAAGAGAAAGUAUCCAAUAGAAGUGCUAAUAAUUCAAAGUGAAGUGUGAGAGAAUUACAAAACUGCUUUUCGGUUGGAUGCAAGUUUGUCUUUUAGCACAAAGAUAGGCAUUGUUCUUCCUUGUUCAAGUCUUAAGGCUUUUUUGUAUUGAGUCAUUCUGCUUCCAUGAGAGGAACAGCAGCUGGUGUUGUGGGGUGAAAGAUCCUGGCUCAUUCUAGGGAUGAUAAGUGGCAGAAAGCAGGCAUUUUGAAUAUUGCUUUGUUUGCUAACGGAAGCCACCUGCUGUGCCUCAGGCGGUAACACAGGUACAUGUACGCACCACAGGUGUGGGUUUGCCCUCCACCCUGAGCAUUUCAGGACAGACUAAAGAAACAGAUUUGAACUUGCACACAUCUGACAUUUUCAUAUGGCAUUUAAGUUGAGAACAUAAGAACAGUAUGAAGAGGUGAUUGUCUUUGAUGUGGUUGGUGGAACAAGAUAAUUCAAAGUUCUCAUAAUCCUCUUAAUGAACAGGAAGUUGGACUUCAAAUACACUACACAAUGUAGAUGAUUAUGAACAUGAAUUCCCUCACAUCAAAUAUGCAAAGUGUCACCUGUUUAUAUUACUCACAGGUUACACACCUGACCUAGAAAUAGGAGGUUCCUUUUUUCUUAACUAUGGAAAUGAGUAGUAACUGAGCAUUCUUGUCUGUGUGUGCGUAUGCAUGUGUGUGAGAAUGGUGAAGUGCAGUGUUCUGCCAUCGUGUGCGUUUUCACCUUUUGUCAACUCUUUCUACACAGUGGUCCAUGUAGAAAAGUUGAUCAAGAGGCUCCAUAAUUGGGCCCUAGUUUGCCAAGUGGGGACCAGCAACACACUACUAAGCUCUGUGCAUUCCAAAUGCACCCAUGUUAUGUGUUCUAGCAGACAAAAAUGCAUUCCAAAUGUAAGAACAUGCAUCUGCAAAUCCUUAGCCAAUUAUUAUUUGCUAUUUUGUUUACAGUCAACUCUCCCUUGCUUUUGUAAAGAACCAAAAAGUUGACUCCUACUAACAAGCGCUAGAAACAAUAUUGAUUGAGAAGGUCAUUAACCUAGACAGAGGAAUAAAUGUGCCUGUACACAUGCAUACCGUACGUAUGGCUACAGUAAGAUGGGGCACAGAGUAACAGAUCAAGGUGACAUCACAAUGAUGGCAAAGUAUUCCCUUGAAUUAUUUAGUAGAGGAGAUCAACUACUGUUCAUGAUCUGAGUGCACCAUAAUCCUAUGUAAAUACAGCUGUGUGUGUGACGGUAUGCAUAUUUAAGUAGGUUAUUGUGUCAAUGCUUUUCUGAUUCCGUUUAAUCCACUCUCUGUAAACACAUUAUGUGUUUUAUUUCUCUUCUCAGAGGGAGAACAUGCUGCCUGUUUGUCAUUGCAGUCUGAGUGAGAACGUAUGCAUGUGUUGCUGUUAUAUUUAACUGAGUGAAUGUCCAUUCUGUUGAAUGAUUAUGGUGAACUCUGGAAAGAAUCUGAUAUUGAGGAUGUUUCAAUUGUUUAACAUGUGACCAAAGUAGACAUUGUUUGAUCUCACCUUUCUUUCUGUACUUUCUUUUCUAGAGAUGCUUGAAUAUUUUCUCUCAAUGCCAAGAAGCUGAGGUUUAUUUUUGUACAUUGUUUCAUGCAAAUGUAUAGGUCCUUCUCAACUACAGAAUCUAGAAUAAAGGGAUUCUAUUGUAUAUCGUUGCAUAUUAUGGUAUUUUUAUUUAAGAUUCUAAUUCGUGUAUUUAAUGUCUGAAGCAUGCCAUAUAUAAAUGCAUAUAAAUAUAAAAUGUAUACAGUGCAUAUAUGUGAUUACUUUCUACAAAAUUUUAACAUUGUAAGCCAAGGCAUUGUUUUAAAUAUCUGGAGCAUAUCUAAUAUUUUUGUUUAUAUUUUAGCAUGUAGAAAACUGCUACAAAUAUUUGUAUUCUGUUAAAUAUUUGUUGUAAUUAGUUCUAGAGGAUACCUUGUUUUAUCAUUUAGGAAAGGACUAACCAUGAGCACUUUUGCUGUUUCAGCCAGAAUUGUAGUCCUUAAAAAUUUCAGUGGGCGAUGGUUUAUUAUUUCAUUUGAGAUGCUGCUAUGACUAGUUUUGAGCAGAAAAGCUGUAUUUUUAAUUAACUUUCAGCCAAGUAGCAAUAAAAAUUUAUACUGU